UAUAGAGAGUGGAGGGGAUCUCCUUUGGAUGGAUGAAACAAGGACUUAUUGAGUACUUAACUUUUAAGAAAAGACAACAAGAGGGAUACGCUGACUUAUUUGAGAGGGUAAUGAAUGAAGACACUCAGUCCCAUCUCAGGAUGGAGGCUACAGACAAACUCAACGGGCUUGGAGGGAGGAGGAGGUGGCCAAAGCAGUCGGACAGCAACACCAGUUUCCUUCGAGCAGCAAGAGCAGGAAAUAUUGACAAUGUUCUGGAGUAUUUGAAGGGCGGAGUAGACAUCAGCUCUUGUAAUCAGAAUGGCCUCAAUGCUUUGCACUUGGCAGCAAAGGAAGGACACAUAGAGCUGGUCCAGGAGCUGCUGGACAGAGGGUCUUCAGUUGAUUCUGCAACCAAGAAAGGAAAUACAGCUCUCCACAUCGCUUCACUAGCAGGACAAGGAGAGGCUGUAAAGAUCCUGGUAAAGAGGGGAGCAGACAUUAAUGCCCAAUCUCUGAAUGGAUUCACUCCUCUGUACAUGGCUUCUCAAGAAAACCAUUUAGAUGUAGUGCGAUAUCUUUUGGAGAAUGGUGGAAACCAGAGCACCGCAACAGAGGAUGGCUUCACACCUCUAGCUAUUGCACUGCAACAAGGCCAUAAUCAGGUGGUGUCCAUCCUUCUAGAGAACGACACAAAGGGCAAAGUACGUCUGCCUGCCUUGCACAUUGCAGCCCGCAAGGAUGACACCAAAUCUGCUGCCCUGCUGCUCCAAAAUGACCACAAUGCCGAUGUUCAGUCUAAGAUGAUGGUCAAUAGGACAACUGAGAAUGGGAAGAGUGGAUUCACACCCCUGCAUAUCGCUGCUCAUUAUGGAAAUGGAAAUGUCGCAACACUGCUCCUCAAUCGAGGGGCUGCUGUGGACUUCACUGCAAGGAAUGGGAUCACGCCACUACAUGUUGCGUCUAAGAGGGGAAACACUAAUAUGGUUCAUCUGCUGUUGGACAGAGGGGCUCAGAUUGAUGCCAAAACACGGGAUGGCCUCACGCCUUUACACUGUGCAGCAAGAAGUGGGCAUGACACAGCAGUGGAGCUCUUAUUGGAGAGAGGAGCCCCUAUGCUGGCCAGAACCAAGAACGGUUUAUCUCCACUCCACAUGGCAGCGCAGGGUGACCAUGUGGAGUGUGUCAAACACCUGCUGCAGCACAAGGCACCUGUUGAUGAUGUCACACUGGACUACUUGACAGCCCUCCAUGUUGCUGCUCACUGUGGUCACUACAGAGUUACCAAACUUCUACUAGACAUGAGAGCCAACCCGAAUGCUCGAGCAUUGAAUGGUUUCACUCCUCUACACAUUGCCUGUAAGAAAAACAGAGUCAAAGUGAUGGAGCUCUUGAUCAAAUAUGGAGCAUUCAUUCAAGCUAUCACUGAGUCUGGUCUCACACCGAUCCAUGUGGCAGCCUUCAUGGGUCACCUCAACAUUGUUCUUUUACUACUGCAGAAUGGAGCUUCCCCUGAUGUUAGCAACAUACGUGGAGAAACAGCUUUGCACAUGGCUGCCCGUGCUGGACAGAUGGAAGUUGUUCGCUGUCUUCUGAGGAAUGGAGCCAUGGUGGACGCAAGAGCAAGGGAGGAUCAGACUCCGCUUCACAUUGCAUCUCGUUUGGGUAAGACAGAGAUUGUCCAGCUCCUGCUACAACACAUGGCUCAUCCAGAUGCAGCAACCACUAAUGGUUACACCCCCCUUCAUAUCGCUGCACGAGAGGGACAUCUGGACGUUACUUCAGCGUUGUUGGAGGCUGGUGCUUCUCACUCUUUAGCUGCCAAGAAAGGGUUCACACCUUUACAUGUGGCAUCAAAAUAUGGUAGCCUGGACGUGGCAAAACUACUUCUACAGCGGCGGGCACCCCCUGACUUUUCUGGGAAGAACGGUCUUACUGCUCUACAUGUUGCUGCUCACUAUGAUAACCAGAAGGUGGCGCUCCUGCUUUUGGACAAAGGGGCAUCUCCCCAUGCCACAGCCAAGAAUGGAUACACUCCCCUUCACAUAGCAGCAAAAAAGAAUCAAAUGGAAAUAGCUACCACACUCCUGCAGUACGGAGCUGAGACCAACAUCCAGACCAAACAGGGUGUGAUGCCGCUCCAUCUGGCUUCCCAAGAGGGACACAGUGAGAUGGCAGCUCUCUGUGUGCAUUGAAUUUAUUUAAUACACGACUCUGUUGUUUUUUUUAUGUUUUCUCAGAGUGGACUUACAUCCCUUCAUCUUGCUGCCCAAGAAGACAAAGUAGGUGUUGGUGAGAUUUUAGUUAAGCAUGGUGCCAACGUUGACCAACAAACACAAUUGGGAUACACAACGCUUAUCGUUGCCUGUCACUAUGGAAAUGCUAAGAUGGUUCAUUUUCUGUUGAAGAGUGGGGCAGGUGUCAAUGCUAAAACAAAGAAUGGUUACACACCUCUACACCAGGCUGCACAACAAGGAAACACACACAUCAUUAACGUCUUGCUCCAGCAUGGAGCCAAACCCAAUGCCAUCACUGUGAAUGGAAACACCGCUCUUGCCAUCGCACGUCGCCUUGGUUACAUUUCUGUGGUUGACACUCUGAGAGUAGUCACAGAGGAAAUUAUCACUACAACAAUGACAGUGACAGAGAAACACAAGCUAAAUGUGCCAGAGACCAUGACAGAAGUCCUUGAUGUGUCUGACGAAGAGGGUGAUGACACCAUGACUGGUGAUGGUGGAGAAUAUUUGAGAGCAGAGGAUUUGAGAGAGUUAGGAGAUGACUCUCUACCUGGGCAGUACCUGGAUGGCAUGAACUACUUGCGCUUCAGUUUAGAAGGAGGCCAAUCAGACAGUCGCUUACAAAGUUUGGAUAGGUCCUACACACCCACUUACCAAAGACACUUCCCUGUAAAACAUUAUGGGAUGAUGGAGGAUAUGAUAUAUAGUAAUCAGGUGUCUUCUCUUGCAAGAGAAAAUGAAAAGGAAUCAUAUAGCUGGGAAAUGGAAAACUUGGACAACAUAGCACUGUCCUCAAGUCCUGCUCAUUCCGGCCGUUGUUCUCCAUGUCAUGACCAUGACAAUAGCAGUUUCUUAGUAAGCUUCAUGGUGGAUGCCCGUGGAGGUGCCAUGCGUGGAUGCCGGCACAAUGGUCUACGACUGAUCAUUCCACCGCGGAAAUGCAGUGCCCCUACUCGAGUCACCUGUAGACUGGUGAAAAGGCACCGACUGGCAACCAUGCCCCCCAUGGUAGAGGGUGAUGGUCUAGCUAGCAGGCUGAUUGAGGUUGGACCCUCUGGAGCUCAGUUCCUUGGUAAGCUCCACCUCCCUACUGCCCCGCCCCCUCUGAAUGAGGGUGAGAGUUUGGUUAGCCGCAUUCUGCAACUGGGCCCACCAGGGACAAAAUUUCUGGGGCCGGUGAUUGUGGAGAUCCCUCACUUUGCGGCUCUAAGAGGAAAAGAGAGGGAACUGGUGAUCUUACGCAGUGAAACGGGAGAGAGUUGGAAAGAGCAUCAUUGUGAGUACACAGAAGAAGAGCUCAACCAGAUCCUCAACGGCAUGAAUGAGGGACUGGACCCACCAGAAGAGUUGGAGAGAAAGCGAAUCUGUCGCAUUAUCACUCAGGACUUUCCACAGUAUUUUGGUGUGGUGUCACGAAUUAAGCAGGACAGUAAUCUCAUUGGUCCAGAAGGUGGAAUUCUGAGUAGCACAGUGGUCCCUCAAGUACAGGCUGUCUUCCCAGAGGGAGCUCUCACUAAACGCAUCCGUGUUGGCCUGCAGGCUCAACCAAUGUGUGUUGAUGUAGUGAGGAAGAAUUUGGGUAAUAAAGCCACAUUCAGCCCUAUAGUCACUCUGGAACCGCGGAGGAGGAAAUUCCAUAAACCCAUAACCAUGACUAUCCCUGUCCCGAAGAGCUCCACUGACCCAAUCCUUGGCUGCUUUGGAGGUGGAGAUACUCCUACAUUACGUUUGCUAUGCAGCAUCACAGGUGGGACCACUCCUGCUCAAUGGGAGGAUAUCACUGGGACUACACCAUUAACAUUCACCAAUGACUGUGUGUCUUUCACCACAAACGUGUCGGCCAGAUUCUGGCUUAUAGACUGCAGGCAGGUGAAGGAGUCGGUGAACUUCGCCACUCAGGUGUAUCAUGAGAUCAUCUGUGUACCUUACAUUGCCAAAUUCGUCAUCUUUGCCAAAACACAUGACCCUAUUGAGGCUCGAUUACGCUGUUUCUGUAUGACUGGUGAUAAAAUGGACAAAACUUUGGAGAAGCAAGAGCACUUCACAGAAGUGGCACGUAGCCGAGAUGUGGAGGUAUUAGAAGGAAAGCCAAUCUAUGUAGACUGUUUUGGAAACCUGGUUCCUCUAACAAAAAGUGGCCAGCAUCAUAUCUUCAGCUUCUAUGCCUUUAAAGAGAAUCGACUGGCUCUUUUUAUCAAAAUACGAGACAACACUCAAGAGCCUUGUGGACGUUUGUCCUUCACAAAAGAGCCGAGAUAUUAUAGGACUUUGACUCAUAGUGCAAUAUGCAAUUUAAACAUCACCCUGCCAGCUUACUCAAAGGAGUCAGAUUCAGAUCAAGAACCUGAUGAGGAGACAAGCCGGACACUUGAGAAAUAUGAUGAAGACAAUGAAAAAACUGAAACAUCAUUCCUGAAAACACAAUUGAUCCGAGACUCUCCUGCUCUUGCAAGUCCAGAUUUACUCUCUGAAGUGUCAGAGAUGAAACAAGACCUUAUCAAAAUGACUGCUAUUCUGACCACUGAUUCCUCAGUAAAAGCGGGUCCCAUGCAAGGGGAUUAUUUAGAUAAGGGGGUGGAGGAGGUGUCAGCAGAGCCUUUUGAGAUAAUGGAAAAAGUCAAAGAGGAUUUGGAGAAAGUUAGCAAAAUUCUGAGAAGUGGAACAUGUGACAAGGAAGAGUCUGCAAAAAUAGACAGCCGUCCAUAUAGGAAGGAUGAGGGGUGGGUUCUCCUAACGGAAAGUGAAAUCGAAGAGGCACAAAUGAUGGCUGCCUUUGAAUCUCAAGAAUCACUUCUAAAGGAAGUUCGAGUCAACAGAGGAUCACAGAGACCAAAGGGUGCUAGGGACAGGCCUGGCAUAGAGACUAUUCCCAGUGCUGAAGUUAAGGAAUACUUAUUGGAUGCACCUGAAACAUCUAGGCCUACAUCCCAAGAGUCUCCAUCACAGCAAAGGUUCACUGAGGUUGUUCUGCGCAGAGGUGGUCGAAAAAUAGUCCCUACAGUGGCAAAAGACACUAAGGCCUAUACAACAGAAGUAAAAAAGCCAGUCAGAAGAAAAGGGCCUCAAGGGCACACCGAUGAAACCCAGUCAUUUAGCACAAAAGAAAGCAUUGCAAGUAAAAGCGCCAGGAAGUCUUCCAAAGGGGAUGCCUUUCUACCCGUCCCUGCAGACCAAAAAAAGUAUCCUGUUUCACCAGUGGUUGAGGAGACACCAAUCGGUUCCAUUAAAGAGAAAGUUAAGGCUCUUCAAAAGAAAGUAGAGGAAGAACAAAAAGGUCAGAAAAAACAAACAGGCCAAAAACCUCCAUAUACAGCUACAGACGCUAAAGCAUCUUCUGUUGUCAAAGAUCAGAAAACAUCAGGCCUGAAAAAACAGACUUCUUCACCCCAGAAACAGUCUCCUUCUAGGUCACCAAGCUCUGAGCCUGGGAGACUAGAAGAAACCAUGUCUGUGAGAGAACUAAUGAGAGCAUUUCAAACUGGCCAAGACCCCUCAAAAAGAAAAUCUGGGCUCUUUGAGCACAAAGGGCCUUCCAAAACAGAAUGCGCAAUAGUGAGUAAACCAGAGGCUAUCCUCACAAAGUCACAAAGUCUUCCCCAAGCACCCUCACAUGAAGAAGUGUCUCUUGAUGUUUUAAAGCCUGAAGAUCACCAUGAAGAAAAAGAAGUCAAAAUUAGUCCACACAUAAAAUACUCUGAAGACAUUGAAGAAGAUACGAGUCAAAAGAGUCGUCAGCAUCCACAGGAAAAGAGUGGUGAGGCUUUGGUUUCUGGAAUAGUGUCAGCAGGUCCUUUUACUCACUCAAGCAUGACAACAGCAAUUCCUCAAAAUUUGUCAGAACAGCACAGAGAUCUAUUGCCUGAUAAUGGUACAGAGAACAGUGCGUUUGAUGACAUCUCUGACAGCAUUAGACAUGAAGCAUUGGUCGACUCGCCCAAUGCCAGCCUCGCUGAAGUGGAAGCUCCUUUGAGUCCUGAGGAAAGUUACAAACAUGAGGGCAUAGCUGAGACUCCAGAAACAAGCCCUGAGAGCCUCUCAUUAUCACAGAAUAAAACAGCUCAGUCUAUACUUGCAAAGACCACAAAAUCAGUAGCAGUCACCCCUAAAGCCAAGACAAGUAAAGUAUAUGUUUCCUUUUCUACUGAGAUGAAGACAACUAAUGAACAGGCAUCUGAAGCUACAGUUCAUCAUCCAUCGUUGAGCCAUGCAGUGGAUGAACCAACAAAAAGUGAGUCUAUGUCUAUUCCUCAUGCAAAUAGGGGGGUGAACUUUGAGGGUGAACAAACUUCUGUUGAUAAGGACAUUGUUUCUGUGUCAUCCAAGACAUCUAAAUCUCGAAAACUGACAAAAAGAACAUCUGAAACACUAGAGUGUUUUUUGAGUGAUGAGGAAUCCUUUGAUGGUCAACUAAUACCAACCUCUGCUGACUCCCUGGCCUCAAGGGCAGCUACACAGGAUCAUGGUGGUUUAGUGCUACCUCUUAGACACCAAGAUUCAGAGAACCUUAGUCCAGUAGCUGAUGACUCUUUUACUAUUAGCCACAAGGACUCUUUAGAGAGUAGUCCCUUGAUGGAAGACAACUCUUCCCAUAAAACCCCAGACUCUAUUGAGCCUAGUCCAACAAAAGAAUCCCCGUGUCUUGACUCUUUAGAAAGCAGCCCCAUAGAGAUGAAAACCAACCUGGCUUUUCCACCUACAGUAGAACAACCCAGUGUGACCACAGGGCCCCUGACAUCCUCCAAAGCCCCUGAAAUCCCACCAGACAGUUUGCGUAGUAGAAUGGAGGGUAAUGCUGACGAUGACAGUUGUGAGCAGACGUCCCUGAUGACAAGUUCAGGUAAGAGUCCUCUCUCACCUGACACACCAAGUUCUGAAGAGGUAAGUUAUGAGGUCAAUCCUAAAACCCCAGACCCCAUGGUCCUGAUUGUUCCCUUUAAACCAUCAGUAAUCCCAGAGGAGACAGUAGAAGAUGAUGAGUUGAAGUGUGGCCUGACACAGAGGAAAAUUACUCAAGAGGAAGAGAUGUUUAAAAUGGCUGCCAAAAUAAAAACAUUUGAUGAAAUGGAACAAGAUGCAAAAGACAAAAAGGACAAUAGAAAAGACAGUGAAUCCUCUCAGACCUUGGUAGCAUCUGAUGCAGGAGAUGAUAGCUUCAAACUGUUUGGGCUUGCAUCCAAACAUGAAACAUCCUCUUUGGGUGAUGUUGGGUUUAGUGAACUCAAACAAGCCUCAGAGAUAGCACGGUCUGUUGAACCGAUCAUUAAAGUACAACCUCCCUCUCCUUUUCCAGCAGGUAUUCAUAAGAGCCCCCAAACACCUGAUGACAUUCAACAAACCAUGGCCCACAGUGCAGCAUCUUCAGCUGAAUCAGCAAUGAGGAGACCACAGUCUGUCUCAGAAAAGCAUACCAUAAAACCACACCUUCAAGAGUCUCAUAGUCAGAAAUUUAAGGACAAAGAUUAUGUUGAUUCAGAGUUAGUACAGCUGAACAAAACUGCCUCUAACAGCAAAAAUAUAACUGAUGAACAAAAAGAGCAAAGCUUAAAAAGAUCAAAAGGAAUUCAAGAAAUGUACAGUCAUGAACAACAGAAGGAGGCAGCUAAUUCCCAAAAUGUUGACUGCAAAUCACAUAGUCAAGAAGAGUCUAAUGUAACGGAUGAGAUUAAAGGGGAUUACAUGAGGCAUGCAGGGACAUCUUAUGUUGAUAUUUGUAGUGGCAGCUUAGAUAUUGAUUCUAUUCCAAUCAUUGGGCAAACAAAAGAAACGUUUAAACCAGAAAUAUGUAUUUAUGAUGACACAGAGGAAGAUCAUGCUGAGGAGGAACCUCCUAAGACUGAAUCUAGAGGAGUUACAGCAAAAGCAGAGACAGAUGCCUGGAAUUCAACGCGAGAAGAUGAUGAUGCAUUUGCAGCAAGAGUCAAAGAGGAAGAGCAAAAGAUCUUGGGUCUGGCUGUAGAUCGGCAUUCCCAAGGGGCUACUUCAGACAUAACACCAGCAAGGACACCCACUGAGGAGGGUACACCAACAAGUGAACAAAAUCCUUUCCUUUUUCAAGAAGGAAAACUUUUUGAGAUGACAAGAAGUGGUGCGAUAGACAUGACAAAAAGGAGUUACGAGGAGGAAGGUUUUGCAUUUUACCAAAUAGAGCAACCCAUUGUAGAGGUCAUAGCUGAAGAAGGAGGUAAUGAAGCUGUUAGAACAUCCAAUGAUGCUGAGCAUGAGAUUGGUUGUAACCUCUCUUUGCAAGUAAAAGCAGAGGAGGAUGAAGACCUCCUUAAAGAGGCUGCAGAUUUAUCUGUACAUUCUCCUGCUGGGGAUAACCUGGCUGCAACUGCAAAGUCAGAUUUUUCAAAAUCUAAACCCCCCAUCAAAUUGGAUAUUUCUGCCUCAACCAAAACCUCAGAGAAGGACCAAACAAUGUUAGAGGUUAAAUCAGACAAAGUUAUGAGUGAGGGACAUUUUGAAUCUGAUCCUGGUUCCUCUGACACUGUCAUAGCCAAUGUCCAGACAGCAGUGUCAACAGUUACUAGAUCAGUUCGUUCCCAACAAGACCAAGAGUCCUCAGAUUCCUCCCCAGAGGAUCAGCACUCAGUAAUAGAACAAACCAAAUCACCUGAAAAGACAGAAUCCCACAGUAAACUUGCAUCUAAGCAUUACACUGCAGCAUCUCUAUCAUCUACGACUAGAAAAGAUAUGUCCACCUCCAAAGAGGGAGAGAAACCAAAAUCCCGAAUCCCUGUUAAGGCCAGCUCCCUAAGGUCUGACUGUGAAGAACUUGCCAAGGAUAAGAAGUCAAAGUUGCCCAUAAAACCUCAAUCAAGGAGAAAAUCUGAGACAGACACAGGCCCAUCCAUAGCCUCCAGUUUAACAAAGUCUUCUAAAGCCAAGAGCUUCUGUGAAAGUGAUUCCACCAAAAAAACAGCCAAAAAGGGCCAGAAUCGUCCAACAAACACUGACCUAUCCAGCACAACUAAGACACUUCCUUCAAGAUUACCAAUCAGGGGAAAGCCUGACCAGCCAGUUCAAACUUCCACACCAGCAAAACAAAAAAAGGUUCAGCAAACUGACACAAACAAACAGUCCAUUCCAUUUUUUGAAGAGAUUAGUCAUGAGGCAGCUAAGGUAGUGGAGAGUUUGGCUCAGGCAGAGAAAGACAAACAGGAGGCUGUUGCCUUAUCUGACGAUGAAAGCAGCACCACCAAUGCCUCAGUAAUAGAGAGUGAACCUUUCACUUACAUCCAAAUGACUUUCCCUGAGGAUUCCUUGGUUAUUAGGCCCAGAUGGGACAACCCUGUUGAGAUGCAGAUGGAACGAAUCCCUGCUGAUAGAGUCCGAAGUCAAGUAGAUCCACAGGAUGAGGCUUACAGGAAAGAGGGUCGCCUGGCUGUAAUAGCAGACCACCUUGGUUUCAGCUGGUCAGAAUUCGCUCGAGAGCUUGAAUUCAGUGAGGUACAGAUCAAUCAGAUAAGAAAUGAGAAUCCAAAUUCUCUACAAGACCAAAGCCAUGCCCUCCUAAGGCUAUGGAAAGGAAGGGAGGGCAAAAAUACUACAGAGAACACUUUGAUGAGGACACUUGCGAAAAUAAAUCGUAUGGACAUUGUUAAUCUCAUCGAAACAAAAAUCAUCCAGUCCAGUCAAGACCAGUCAUCACACACCUAUGCAGAAAUUGAGCAAACCAUAUCAUUGGAUCAUAGUGAAGGUUUUUCAGCCUUACAGGAGGACAUGGACAGUCCCAGGCCAGGUCGGCGAGCAGAAGUCACACAAAAAGGAUCAGAACUUGGACCUCUGGUGGCAUCUGUCGAGGAUCUCUCCUGCAAUGUAUCGUCCUUUGAUGAUUCCAAGAAAGAGAGGUUGCUGACAGACAAAGGGAUGGGUUCAGAGGUGGUCGGAGCCUCAGCACAUAGUUCCUUUGAUAUGGUUGGACUGAGGCAACAAUUCCCAGUCACUAUCAAAAAAGACAGUGUCUCUGAGGACAUUCAUUUAGUGCCUCAAGUAAAAGAUUUAAGUCUAAGAAAAGGAGAUACACCAUCAAUUUCAAGAAGUUUAGAGCCUCAACUAAAGUUAACAGCAUCUUUGUUGACCAGUGAAUCAUCAAAAGAGCCAUAUCUAGCCACAUGUGUCUCCAGUAUACCUGAGCACAACAAAUCUCAGUCCGACCCACAAAUCCACUCCUGAUUCAUCACCUGAAGAACCUAAAGCAUUAAAUGGAUUGCAAGAAGUAAAUUAUUUUCAGUUUCAUCUCAAAGACUCUCACAGAAGAGUUGAACUAAAUCAAAUUGAUUCCUCUGUGUUUAGUUUGGGUCUUGAAUCAUGUGAUUAUAGAAAUGUGCCCUCAAAAUCUGUGAAUACACCAUCAGCAUGCACUCAGGUGUCACUUGCUGAUUAAAGUCCCAUUUCACCUAUAUUUAACACAUCCUCUUCUGAUCAAGGGAAUUCUCCAGAAUCCCAUGAAUCUCUAGAAAAGAGAAUAUCUUGUGCUGCAAGGACUGUCCAGCUUUCCCCAGAUUUCAAAUGUGUCAUUUCUACAUUUGAAAAGACA